AUGAAAUUUCCAGAGCUCGAUGGCCUCAAAUCGGAAUGGAGCCGACUCCUCAGGCACUUUGGCGAUGCGCGCGACCUCUGCCAGGGCCGGAUCAUCCAUGAGAGGAUCGUCGAGAGAGGACACCACUGCGACAUCUACCUCGCCAAUCUCCUCGUCCAGAUGUAUGGGAAAUGCGGCAGCGUCGAGGACGCCUUGGCAGUCUUCGAUGCGUCGUGGGGGAAGAACACAUUCUCCUGGAGCAUUCUCGUCGCGGCGCUCGUCCACAACGGGCGGAUCGAGGCCGCCAGGCGCGCAUUGGCGGCGAUGCCGCAGUGGAACGCCGUGUCUUGCACCACGCUCGUCGCUGGAUAUUUCCACGAGGGAGAUCCUGACGAGGCGCAGAGGAUUUUCGACCUGAUCCAAGAGCCUAGCAUCGUCUCCUGGAACGCGCUUCUCGCCGGCUAUGGCGAGCGCGGCGAUCUCCGGGCGGCUCGAAGAAUCUUCGAUUCGAUGAGCGAGCGCAGCACCGCGACCUACAAUGCGAUGAUCCAGGCGUGCGUCCAGCACGGAGAAUUCGAGCAAGCGAAGAUCGUCUUCGAGAGCAUGGCGAAGAUCGUCGAGAAAUCCAGGGCCAUAGCCAAGGACAACUCCCACCACAGAGACGUGGUGACGUGGACGACGAUGAUCGAGGCAUAUGCCCAGAACGGGCAUCUCGCGGAGGCAAAGGCACUGUUUGAUGGAAUAUCCGGCCGGAACGUAGUGACGUGGACGGUGAUGCUGGCGGCCAGCACCGCGGCCGGAAAUCUCCACGUGGCGAGGGGGAUAUUUAACCGCCUUCCACAGCACAACGUCGUAGCCUGGAACGCGAUCGUCCAGGCGGUUGCCCAGUUUGGAGAUUUUGACGAGGCCAAGAAACUCUUUGACCGUACGCCAUGCUGGAGCAUUGUCUCCUGGAACGCGAUGAUCACCGCGUACGGCCAGAGGGGUUACGUCGGCGAAGCCCAAGAAAUGCUCCACAGAAUGUCCCAGUGGAAUGUGGUGUCUCUCACGGCACUGGUAGCGGCUUACGGCCAAAACGGGCACCUAGAUCUCGCCAAAGAACUCUUCCACUGGAUGCCCGAGAGGAACAUCAUCACCUGGAACUCGAUGCUAGCUUUUCUCCCGGGAGAUGGAAGCCAUCGUCCGGAAGAAGUGUUUUCGCUCAUGCCCUCCUGGGACCUGGCAUCGUAUAACUCUCUCGUCCAGGCACACGCGGAGCGAGGUAGCUUGGCGCGAGCUCGAGAGAUCUUCGAAACAAUGUCCAAGCGCGAUUGGAUCUCCUGGCUCAUCAUAAUCACGGCUUUCUCUAGAGCAGGAAACGUUGACGAGGCUCGGAAACUCUUCGACGCUUCACCGGAGCCGCGGAACGCUGCCCUGUGGAGCUGUAUGAUAAGUUGCUACACCGACAACGGCCGCUUGGAUGGAGCCAAGUUGAUGUUUGACACCAUGCCCGCCCCGAGGCUGAUUUCCUGGACCACCAUGCUCUCGGCUUAUGCCACCGGAGGACGAGCUCGGGAAGCACUGCAGCUGUUCAGCUCGAUGAUUCUUCAUGGCCUGGAGUGUAAGGAGGUGAGCUUCGUCACCGUCUUGAAUGCCUGCAGCCAUAUGGGAUGGGUCGAAACUGGCCGAGAAUACUUCCUCUCCAUGGUCUCCGACCAUGGAAUUCAUCCUGUUCCUGACCACUACACUUGUCUUGUUGACGCCUUUGGCCGCGCAGGGCAGUUGAAUAGAGCUCGGGAUCUUCUUCUCAGUGUACCUUUCAUGCCGGACUGUGCUGCAUGGGGAGCUUUGCUGGGUGCUUCUAUGGCUUAUGACGAUGUUCAAGUUGGCGAGCUCGCAGCGGAGCAACUAAUGGAGCUUGAGCCUGACCAAGCCACCACUUACGUGAAACUGGCUAAUGCUUACGCGGCUGGUGCUCGGUUGACGUAG